AUGAGCGAGAUGGAGCGCGCGCACGAUGCCAUCGGGCCGGCGUUUGAGAAGCUCAUCGCGGACGCGGAGGCUGAGCUCGUCGCGCGUCGAUCGAAUUCGACUCCUCUGACCGUCGCGACCGUGCCCGUGCGGACCGUCCACGCGAACGAGCUGUCGCUCGAGGACUUCAUCGAGAACCACGCGCUGCCGGGCGUGCCGGUGGUGAUUCAGGGGCUCAACGUGACCCCGCCGGACGCGCCGAGGUGGACGUUGAAACACUUCGUCGACGUGUGCGGCGACGUGAACGUCACGCUGAAUAAGAAGGGCGCGGACACGGACAACUGGGGCGGGCUCGUGACCGCCGGACGUCUGACGCUGCGCGAGUUCGUCGCGUCGCACGCGACGGACGACGACCGAAAGCGGUGGUACCUGCACGACUGGAGCCUCAACAGGGAGUGCCCGGACGUCUUCGGCCCGCCGCCGUACGACCGGUUUCUCGUGCCCAAGUACUUCGCCGGGGAUUACUUCCAGAGAGUGCCCUGGGUGUCGUACGAGCACACGUGGCCGAGCUUAUUCGUGGGCGCCGCGAACACGAGCAGCGCGCUGCACACGGACUCGGGCGCGACGAACUUUUGGAUGUACCUGCUGUCCGGCGCGAAGCGUUGGCGCUUCUGGCCGAGGACGACGUCGUUCCACCUCUACCUCAAGCCGAUGAGCUCGCACUACCGCGUCGACGCGUUUAACCUGAACCUCACGGAGCGGCCGCUGCUGGCGGACGCGCCGAUGUGGGAGGUGACGCAGCGGCCCGGGGAUCUCGUGUUCGUGCCGUCGAACGCGCCGCACGCGGUGCACAACGACGAGGAUACCGUCGGGAUCUCCAUGAACUACGUCGACGCGUCCAACGUGGUGCGUUCUAUACACUGGUCCCCAUACGACCGCGUCGGCGUGGUGAACGCCGAUCCUUAA